UAAGAUUGUCGCGUAUCUAACUAUAAUCAUCAUUAGCCAUCAACCAGUGGCUUAUUCCAAAUAUGAAUAAUUCCACAUAUUUGUUUGGCAAAAUCAUAUGAAUUUUACCUAUUUAUAGGAUCUUAAGCAAAUGUGCAAAAGCAACAUAUUGUGUGUUACUGUGGGAGAUGUAGUCUGAUGAGCUAUUUGAAGAACAAAAGGCUCACAGGAAACUACAUACUGCAUUUAAAACUCAAAAGAAACCCCGUUAGAACAUCAUAAGCCCCCGGUAGAUAAAAUUAACAUAAUUUUGUUUCUAGAUGGUUUGUUGUGUUUAGCCAAGUAUCAGCAGCAAAGCAAGCUGCUAUAACUGUUGGGGACAUUGAGUACACUGUGCACCACAAGGUUGUGAGCACCAUCCACCCAAAGCAGAGAGUCUCACUCCUACCUUUUGUUACAAAAGUGUGUUGGGCUGUUGAAGAAAGAUCCAGCCAUUGGCGCACACAAAAAAAUCCAGGUUGCAGCUGCAGGUGCUCUCCUACUUAGCAGUGGAUAGGAAGAUGUGUAGUUCCUUCCUUGAUGUCCCCCACCAAGCACCAAUCCACCAUCAUCCUCCAAAGAGAAGCUACUGGCCUAGGUCAGGUAGUGGGCAGAGAGCAAGCAUGAGACAGUCCAGGCGCCUACUGUUGUUCUUGACGGAAAGAAGGAACACAAAAGGUGAACAUGUAUAUUUCUCAAAAGCACAGUGCAUCCCCUCCAAGCAUGCCCACACCUCCAUCAUGAAAGUGCCCUCUUCUCUUGCCUCCCUCAUUUCCUCAUGGUGGCAAUGUGGGAUCCAUGAUUAAUCUAAUCUCUAAAGCAUUAUAUAUAUUUUCCAUAGUAUUACAUCUCUGAUUGAUUUGUAAACACAGGGUGCCUCCUGUCACUGUUUCUGAUUUAGCUGCGCUGUUUUUGUUGAAAAACUUUUGGAGGCAUGGAGAUUAGAUGUAGAUAUUUUGUAAGUGCUGGGCUUUAGGAGGAUGUUGACUUGAGCGAUUUAUUCCGGAGAACAAAUAUACGCAAAGAUUUACUCCUUUUUGCUUUUGGGAUGAAGAUUGCUUUCUUCUUCUUUAAUGCCGUGCCCACCAGGUGUUCGAUAGAAUGACAAAACCCCAUAAUCAUGUAAGGCUUACAUCUGUCGAGUACAAGUUCAUUUAUUGCACAUGUCCUUGUUAUGUUCAUGGUGGAUGCAGGUUGGCUGCUUCCAAGAGGACACCUGUGUCAGUUUUCUUUCGCCAAGUGAGAAGGCGAGGUGAUCUCUCACGGGGACGAGGAUCAGGGAAGGUAGGGAGGUUAUACGGCAAGGGCAAGGUUACAAGAGAUCGUACAGCUUAACUUUUCUUAUUUAGCAUUGCGACUUUAGCAAAGAAUCUGUGCAAUGUUUCCCCUUUCCUGUACAUAGUUAAUGGAUGAGGAGCAAGAAACCACCAUAGGCAGUGCACCAUAUGCGGCGAGCAUCCGCAAGCUGUGAAAGCACACCCUUUAUCCUGAGUUGACUAGAGAAUAUCACAAACAGCCACCAUGCCUGCAAAUUGUUGCGUACGCGCUUAUUCCGUCUAUGUCAUCUUUUGGAAUAGGCUAACGUAUGGUACGGAUUUCUCGCUUCCGUAGGGCAGAAUUUGGUCUCCAUUUGAGAGAAAUAGAUAAGGGAAUUAUCCAUCAAUUCAACAUCAACAGUAACCUUUCUUUAUCUUUCAGAACAAUCUGGCCCUGUUAUUGUCAACUAAUCCUUGGAUGCUUCUAGUUGGCAUGCAUGUAGCAUUGCAUUUGGUAUUUGAUUAUGGCCAAAAGUUAUAUUGGCUAAAUCGAGCUUGGGACCUAGUUAGUUUUGAUCCCCUGCAAGUACUCAUGGUGCUGCAAAUUACAAAACAAAGUUAAGCAUGUAGUUCGACCUCAUAGUGUUUUGUAUUCUAGAUUAAUCAUUCCUAUGUUGAUACAAUUUCUCCAGUAUAAUUUAGAAGUGGAUAAAAUGUACUCUUAUCUUCGAUGCUGCUCACCUUACUGUGAUGCUUGGUUGCCCCUGGUUGCGUGUGAUCCUAUAUGAUGGCUGUACAUGAUAUGUAUUCUUAGGAGCAUUAUUGGUAACUUUAGCUUGGUUAACCGAUUAUCCUUGUCUCUCCAUGUGCACUUGAAAAGGUCCACAGAUAUUUUGCGAUGAUGCUUAGGCCCAUGGGGAAGCAUCAAGUUUGUUUUUAAUGCUUUCUUUCUUCUCUUUCUGCUCACGAUGAUGAGAACCUUAAUAUUUUGCACCACUCUUGCAUAGAUCUGGUAACAAGUUGCAGUAUUAUGCACAAGCAGAGGGUCUCUACUCUCUACUCCGGAAGAGUAUGUAAGAGUGCCAGAGUCAGUCAAUCCAGUGCUACUCCUACCAGGUUAUCCUGUCCCUCAGACGAUGUUAAUCGUUAAACAGCCAGCUAUAUAGGUUAGAGCUUUGCAUUUAUGUGGAAUGUCUACAAAUGAGGAGACAUCAUGGUACAACUCACCUAUACAAUUAAGAUAUGGUCUCCUCUCAAUUUGUAUCAGAUCAUACUUCAUACAAAAAGAUGGACCAUAUGAGGGCACAUUUUUUGCACCAUUGCUAGGAUCUUCAACUUGUUUCUAGCCUUUUUGGCCUAGAUCUUAUAAGAUUUGCAACCAUGCUAUCAUUUAUACCUGUUAAGUAAGCAUGCUACUGUUUUUGUUUUUGAAUCUCUAUGUGUCACACAUGUUCUAAUCGCUUUUGGGAUCUUCAACUUGUUUCUAGCCUUUUUGGCCUACAUUUUUUAAUACUUGCAACCAUGCGAUCAUGUAUACCGGUUAAUUAAGCAUACUACUUUUUUUUCGAAUCUCUAUGUGUCACACAUGUUCUAAUCGCUUUCUAGAUGUAUUUCAAGGCUGACAUAUCUUUACAUGGUUUUGUCAAGGAAAAAUGAGAUGUAAUUCUUAAAAGGUGCAUAAUGGUAAACAGGUGGAGUUUCAUGUGACAAGAAAAAAUGAGGUAAUGGAUAUCGGAGUGCACACAACUUGAUAAAAUUUCAGCUUUUCAUUGUUUUGCGUUACAUUUUUCAGUAGAACAAUAAUUUGUGGGUUCCAGAAAUAUUGAAACAUACUGUCAUGUCCAGAAAGAUAGUAAGUGGAUCAUCUUACAUGGGCAGAUGGGCUGCACUUUCUAAUUGGGUAAGAAUCUCUCUUGUAAAGUGGACAUAUUAAGCAGAUAUGCUUCUCAUGAUCAUGCACACCGCAUUAUAUAAGGGGCAAACAAGCUCCAGAAGAUAUUACUUUGAGCCCUUCUCUCCUCUUCAAGUUAAAGUCCAUUUCUGAUCCUUCUUUUGCUUGUAUCAUGGACAAUAAUGAGUUAGGCUGCAAGCGAAACGACGCUCUUCAAGAGCUCGAGAUGCUGACAGUGAAUGCCAAGGAAGCCCAACAGCUUAUACUGACAAAAAUCCUUGAGAGUAACCAGGCUAGUGAGUACUUGAGCAAAUUCAUGAAUAGAUCCACAAACACAUCCACCUUCAAGAGAAACGUCCCAGUAGUGACAUAUGAUGUGGUCCAGCCGUACAUCGCAAGGAUCUCAACUGGCGAGGAUUCUUCCAUUAUAUCUGGAGACCGAAUCGUUGAACUGCUGAGAAGCUCCGGAACUUCUCGGGGUGAGCCAAGAUUGAUGCCAGCCAUCUCCGAGGAUCUUGACCGUCGAACCUACCUUUAUAGUCUGCUAAUGCCGAUAAUGAACAAGUAUGUAUCAGGCCUUGGUGAGGGGAAGGCCAUGUAUCUUCUCUUUGUGAAAGCGGAAACACUGACGAAUUCUGGCAUUCCAGUUCGAUCAGUCCUCACUAGCUAUUACAAAAGCCCUCAUUUCCUGCACCGCAAACAUGACUUGUACAACAACUACACCAGUCCUGACGAGGUCAUCCUUUGCCCUGACAGCCAGCAGAGCAUGUACUGCCAGCUGCUCUGCGGCCUGGUUGAACGCCAGCAUGUCCUCCGUCUUGGGGCAGUCUUCGCCUCGGCGUUCCUUCGGUCUAUCAGCUUUCUUGAGCAGCACUGGUGUGACCUUGUCAAUGACAUACGUAUUGGUAAACUCAAUUCCAAUGUCACCAACACCGAGUGCCGGUUGGCCAUGGAGGGCUUUCUCGCAUUGCCCAACCCGGAGCUCGCUGAUGAGCUUGAGGAAAUCUGUGGCCAUGGGCCAUGGAAGGGGAUUCUAGGUAGGCUAUGGCCUAACGUCAAGUACAUCGAAGCUGUUCUUACAGGCACAAUGGCACAAUACAUCCCCAUGCUGGAGUUCUAUAGUGGUGGUAGGAUUCCCUUGGUAUGCACCAUGUACGCCUCGUCGGAGAGCUAUUUUGGUGUCAAUCUGAGGCCACUGUGCAAACCAACCGACGUGUCUUACACCAUCCUCCCAAACAUGGCCUACUUUGAGUUCAUUCCUUUGGAGGAUGGCCUCAGAGUGACGGAUGAUGAGGAGGUGGUGGGGAAUGACAAGCUUGUCAGCCUGGUGGAUGUCAAGGUCGGAUGCUACUAUGAGCUUGUGGUCACCACAUUUUCUGGUCUUUACAGGUAUAGGGUUGGCGAUGUGCUUCAGGUCACAGGCUUCUACAACCGUGUGCCGCAGUUCAAAUUCAUCUGCCGGAGAAACGUGAUCCUCAGCAUUGACACCGACAAGACCAACGAGGAGGAUCUCCACAACAGCGUCACGCGUGCCAAGAAGAUCCUGGAGGACAGAAACCACAUCCUCCUGGAGUACACCAGCUACCCAGACACUUCCACUGUCCCUGGCCACUAUGUGCUCUUCUGGGAGAUCAAGUCCACCUGCGAAGGUGUGAAGCCCCUCGACCCUCAGCUCCUCGAGAGCUGCUGCAUCUCUGUUGAGGAGUCGCUCGACUACAUCUACAGGCGCUGCAGGGCGCACGACAAGUCGGUAGGCCCGCUGGAGAUACGGGUGGUUGAGGCCGGCGCGUUUGAUGCUCUGAUGGAUCUGCUGGUCAGCCAGGGCAGCUCCAUCAACCAGUACAAGACCCCGAGGUGCAUCGAGUCCGGCCUCGCGCUGAAGCUGCUCAACUCCAAGGUCACCGCUUCCUUCUUCAGCCCCCGGGAUCCCGAGUGGACCGUGUAAGAGCUUUCAGGUAAAAAUGGUAGCAAGUAUAUAUGCUGGCUUGAUGGGCACCGAAAAGGAAGAUCAUCUCUAAACCGCAUGCAUUGUGUAGCUCUGAAGCUGCCAAGUUAAAUUUGUGCUGGUAGAAUUUUCAGACUAAGAAUAAUUAUCAACAUUUGCGUAGUGGAAAGCUUGUCUGGAACACAGCCUGACCUAUUGCACAGAAACAAAAAGGAAAUCCUUGGCUAGAACUCAGUCUCACAAGCAUUUGUGUGCUGAAAGUUGAAGCAGCCCCCUUGUAUAUGGUUAUCGGCAGCGAGAAACAAACAGCUCGGUCAUUUCGUCGGACAUACCAACUAAUCUGAACUUGUGUGCAUCUUUGCAUGCAGGUAGGGCCUAGGAGAGCUACAUUUCUCCGGUCUGAUCGUACCAGCCUGCUGCUUGCUGGGAUAAGAGAGUAUUUUCUGCUGCUCGCCCUUUUAUAUUCAGAGAACUACUGCUUAUUAGCGCAUUCCUUGUAUUAUCAUCACCCAAGCCCUAAAAAGCAGAGUGAAUGAAGUAUUCGCCAGUUUUUCGCUA